CCCCGCGGCCGGCGCUCUCCUGGCGCAAGCCCCGCCGCAGAUGGACCCGUUCAACACCAACAGGAAGGGGGCCAGCCUGCCCUGCGUGGCGGUGUGCAGGCUCUGGCAGGCCCUGGCCAAGCACUACAAGGACGACUUCGGCUUCACCCCUAGCGAGGCGCGCUUGGAGGACAUCGACCAGGCCGUGCUGCGUUCUCUAACAGAUCAGGUACACAAUUAAGGCACCCGGGUUAUCCGCGACAUCUCUGCCGCGUCUCUCUACAAAACCAGUGACGUCAUCACACACACCCAACACCUCAACUCAGGAAAAAAACGGAAAAUAAUUGACAACACAGAAGACGUUUGUUCGUGCGUCACGGUUCGAUGCCGUCCGCAUGCUCCGGUUCCGCUGCUCCGGUGCCGCUUCUCCGGUGCCGCUGUGGCCAGUCCUACAACGACCAAACUCGACCCGCUCCGCUUCGUACACGCUCUCGUUGCUGUCCUCCCCAGUCGGUUCCUCGCUUUCUCCCUCGUUGCACUUAGGGUUCUUGGUCUGAAAAUUCUCGCGCCGAAGGGUCAACCAGCCCAAUCAGCUCGUCACCACCUGUCCCCUCCUCCUUUGAUGGCAAAGCCAGGUUACUGAGACAGUACAGCUCCCUCUAGCAAACCUAGGGCCGUGUGCAUAGUGCCCGUACACCUUUCUGAUGGCGUCUGCCUCCGCGCACAAAGAUGACAUGGGCAUUGCUGCCUACACUGACGGCCUGGAGGCCCGCGC